AUUAGAUCGUCUACUGUCCCUGGCUUGCAAUAGCUUCAUUAUUGCUUUUUGCUCAGCAUUAGUUUUUGCUCCUGUUGAGGAUUAAUGCCAUUUGCUGGCAGACGCGAGCUCUCGUCUGUCAUCUGGUGGCAUUCGGGUUCGAAGCAAUUGCUAGCAGGCAGUAAACAAGGGCAAUGCAGGAAGCAAUGCCCAACAGGACACAAGAAGUCUCUGCUGCAGAGGUGUGUUUAAUGUGACCAACAUGGCCGCUUCUGGUGAAAAGAGCGGGACCCCGCCUCAGUUCAUCGGUGGCUCCAGUAACGCGAGCGCCACUAGAACCACUACCAUUCGUCUCCGGGACAUUUAUGACCCCAAGCCUCACCCUCCCAAAGCCCCGGUCCGGAUCCGCCCUCCGGGUCCAAGGACCCCCUCAGUAAAGGAGCUCAACCUAAAGCACGGCUCGCCCAGCGACCCUCCGACCAAGACGAUCAUGAGGACCCGAGCUCAGUCUCUUCCCUCGUCUGCGGAGAGAAAAAAAGAACUCAGGAGCUUGCAGGUACGCUUCGUGGACUCGCUGGGCCUCGAGUUAGAGGACGUCAAGGUCUUCAAAGUUCAGGAGCACCCCCUGAUACCCCAACAUGUUAUGUUCAGGCUACUGAUGAGCUCUGAGCUGGCUUUCGGCAAGUCAUUGGAGCUGUCCCUGCCUUACUUCAAACCUUGUUUUCCUGAGAGUAUCGGGGCUCAGCCGGACUUCCUGAAGCGUCUCUGCGCUCAGAGCGUGUGUCUGGAGCAGGUCCUGUGUUCAGAGCAGGGGAUAACGGGCACCAUCCAAGUACUCAACUCAGCUUACGAGAAAGAAGUCACGGUGCACUACUCUUUCACCAACUGGAGAACGCACACGGAAACCGCAGCGUCCUGGGUGUCCAGCGGGCCCCGCGGGGAGACGGACGUCUUCAGAUUCCGUCUGCCCGUUCCUCCCUUCCUUCUGCAGCCAGGAGCCAUUUUGGAAUUUGCCAUCUGCUACCGCGUGAAAGGAUGCCAUCAUUGGGAUAACAACAGCGGACAUAAUUACAAACUGUCGUGCCAUAGCUACAAGGUGACUGUGCCGAGGGAGUGUGAGGACAGCAUGCUGCACUUUACCUGAGUGUCCACGCGGGGGAGCUGCUGCUCCGGCACACAGACAAGCAAAGUGCUUUACAGUUGCUAUGACCUGCAAUGGCUCCCUGUGCUUACUCAAUACAUUAACUCAAGUACUGAACGUUAUAAUGUAUUUUUACUCCACUGCAUUUCAGAGGCAGAUUUGAUACCUCAUAAUGUAGUUUAAAGGGGUUAACGGGUACUACUGUCUGGGGUGACUAGAUGUUUGUGCUAAAUGUGCGUAAGAGAAGAGACAGUUACCCAGAGUCAUGAAGGGAUAUUGUGAAAUUUGAGAUAGUCCGCUUCCCCACAGAGUUGUAGUUCACCUUUAAAUGGGGACGCCAUCAAUUUAGUAACGGACAUCCACAACGUUGGGGGACUCACAUGAGGCCCAUGAAAAAAUAAAGGAGGGCCAAAAUCCGCUGCGGAGGACGAGACAUCCUCACUUUUAGUCCCUAUUAGGGGUCCAGCUCCAAAAAGCACUGGAUCCUACAUUUCCCACAAUGCCGCUCAAAAGCACACCACCACCAGCACCUCUGGUUUCUAAUUCUAGCUCUCUGAUUACGUUAUUGAAUCACAAGCCGGAGUCAUAUAAUAAAAUGCAUUGUGGUCUGAGUCAUGGACUCAGCAGGUCCUGUGCACCUGCUGGGCUUCUGUUUGGAUUGAAUCCCGGCCACUUUUGAGAAUCUGCUCUCUUUGCACUUCAGCGAGUCUGGUGACCCAAUUUAAUGAUUGACACGGUGAGUUACACGAACACCAUUGUCGUAUCGCAACACAGAAUUGUAAAUAUUCCAAAAUCCCCCAGUCUCUGCUAAUGUGACUAAUGGAGAGGGCUUAAUGACCUGUUGGCAGCCUGAGCAGCCU